AUGGCACACAAAAAUAUUGGUAAUCGUCAAGAGGCUGUUAUUGAUAUAGUUAAGCCAAUCAGUUUCACGGGAGGGCUAGAGUUCUCCAGCCUCACCUACACUGUGACUAAAAGUCAGAAGCUUGAAGGGAAAUGGAUAAAGCAAAAGGUGGACUUGCUGAAUAGGAUUACUGGUUAUGCACCAAAAGGGUGUAUUACUGCAGUCAUGGGGCCUAGCGGUGCUGGAAAAUCCACCUUGUUAGAUGGACUUGCUGGCCGUAUCUCAAGCGGGAGCCUUAAGGGUAGAGUCUCACUCGAUGGCAUGGAAAUGAGUCCGAGCUUGAUUAAGAGGACUUCUGCCUAUAUUAUGCAGGACGACAGGUUGUUUCCUACACUUACAGUCUACGAGACUUUGAUGUUUGCUGCUGAUUUUCGGCUUGGACAAAUCUCAAGAGCUGACAAGAAGCAGCGUGUAGAGAAGCUCAUCGAGCAGCUUGGUUUAUCGUCAUCUCGGAACACCUAUAUCGGUGAUGAAGGCACACGGGGAGUGUCCGGUGGUGAGCGUCGCAGAGUAUCAAUUGGCGUGGACAUUAUCCAUGGACCAUCACUACUUUUCCUUGACGAGCCCACUUCAGGUCUAGACUCGACCAGUGCUCAUAGUGUCAUAGAAAAGGUGCACCACAUCGCAAGGUCAGGAAGUACUGUGAUCCUUACAAUUCAUCAACCCUCAUCUAGAAUCCAAUUGCUGCUUGAUCAUCUCAUUAUUCUAGCUCGUGGGCAACUGAUGUAUCAAGGAUCACCUAAAGAUAUCACCCUUCAUCUCAGUCGCAUGGGACGGAAGGUCCCUAAAGGUGAAAACUCAAUAGAGUACCUUAUUGAUGCGAUACAAGAGUAUGAUCAAUCCGAGCUUGGUGUGGAGGCACUGGCUGAAUUUGCACGUACUGGAAUGAAACCACCUCUUUUGACCAAUGAGGAGGUGUCUAUAUCGACCAUCGCGCCAACGCCGCCCCUGCGUCACAGUAGCCACCAUCAGAAGGGUGGGAGGCCAGGUGAUAGGCCGAAUGAUGGUAAGCGCCUUCAUUUACAAACAAGCACACGCGAACCUAAUGAAUUUGAUCACAGUGUGAGAAGUCCUUUCAAUAACACAUCGAGGUCGUGGAGUGCUAGUCAUAGUGGAGUGGUGCAGACACUUAGAUUUACGCCUUCACGCCAAAGGAACGAUAAGACAAUUCAAAAUCCAAUGAGCUCAUCCCCAGGCUACUAUACAUUCUCAAGCGAGAUCCUCCCUGGGACACCAACACCGCACAGCAGUGACUACACGGUGAACGAAAACGACUACCUGACCCCAAAUGUUCUUCAAAAAACACAUCUCCUUGGUCCAAAAUUUGCAAAUUCCUUUUUCUCAGAGACCUGGAUUCUCAUGCGUCGCAACUUCAAGAACAUUAGGCGUACCCCAGAGCUUUUCCUCUCAAGACUCAUGGUCCUGACCGUCAUGGGGUUCAUGAUGGCCACGAUGUUUAUGCACCCUAAACAAGAUUUGCAAGGAAUCACUAAUCGUCUCAGUUUCUUCAUCUUCACGGUUUGCCUUUUCUUCUUCUCAUCCAAUGAUGCUGUUCCUGCCUUCAUCCAAGAACGCUUCAUUUUCGUCCGCGAAACUUCCCAUAAUUCUUAUAGAGCCUCUUCCUACACAAUUGCUGGUCUUAUUACAUACCUUCCCUUUCUUGCAUUACAAUCUGGCGUCUAUGCUUGUAUUGUUUGGAAAGCCUUGGGGCUACGAGGAGCAUUCUUUUAUUUCUUGCUGGUCCUCUAUAUGUCCCUUCUUUCAACCAACUCAUUUGUGGUGUUUGUGAGCUCAGUGGUGCCAAAUUACAUUCUGGGUUAUGCAGCAGUCAUUGCUUUCACUGCACUAUUUUUCUUGUUUUGUGGCUACUUCUUGAAUAGCCAUGAUAUCCCCAUAUAUUGGAGGUGGAUGAACAAGAUCUCCACUAUGACAUACUCAUAUGAAGGGCUUCUGAUGAACCAGUACCAGACAUCGGAUCCUUUUGGAAUAAAUCCUGCUGGACAAAUUGUCAACGGCACCACCAUCUUAAAAUCACUCGGUAUUAGUACCGAUGAAUCGAAGAAGUGGGAGAAUGUGCUUGUGAUGUUGGGCUGGGCUGUUCUAUACAGGAUUUUUUUCUACAUAGUUCUUCGGUUCUUUUCCAAGAACCAGAGGUCAUAG